AUAUUUGGAUCUUAAGCUGCACACCACCCAAUUAAAACCGGCCAACUCACUGUAACUCCGGGGUUGCACCGUAGAGCCAACUGUACGUUAAAAUAUACUCCAUCUUAAUUCCGCUUUCGCUUGUGGCUUUCGUAAAGGCAAUCAAAAUCACCAAAAAGCUAAUCAACGAUUACGUUCACUAAUCACAAUUGCAAUCUCAAUAAUUCAACUGAUAAUAAUAAUUAGAAUCCAAAAUAAAAAAAAAAACCAUUAACGAAAGUUCCAUUAAAAAUUUAAUCUCACCCUCCCCUCUCUUCCUCUCUCUUCGUCAUCAUCGUAUUAAGAUCUUUGCACGGCCAAUCGGAAAUCCUUCUAAAUUGCGGGUCGAAUCUUCCAAAGGAUUCAAAUUCCAGCAUCUGAUACUCUAAUAUUUUAAAGCUUAUAUUCUGGUGUCGGAUCCUAGGGUUUUUUCCUGUCUGUCUCUCUCUAUUUUUUUAGGUUCGUCUGUAAUGGCUCAAGCAACGGGGAGGGGAAGAGUUUUAGGGGACUAUUUAGUGGGCCGGCAAAUCGGGUCGGGUUCGUCCUCGACUGUUUGGCAUGCGAGGCAUCGAGUUCAUGGAACCGAGGUAGCGAUAAAGGAGAUCGUAACGGGUCGACUUAAUAAGAAGUUGCUGGAUAGUUUGAUGUCGGAGAUCUUUAUUUUGAAGAGAAUUAAUCAUCCUAAUAUUAUUCAACUGUAUGAUAUUAUUGAGGUUCCUGGAAAGAUACAUCUUGUAUUGGAGUACUGCAAGGGGGGUGAUCUUUUUAUGUAUAUUACACGCCAUGGAAGAGUCCCUGAGGCAACUGCAAAGCAUUUCAUGCAGCAGCUAGCAUCUGGCCUACAAGUUCUCCGUGAAAAUAAUGUUAUACAUCGGGAUCUAAAACCUCAGAAUCUUCUUCUCUCAAAAAAUGACAGCAAUGCAGUUUUAAGGAUUGCGGACUUUGGAUUUGCAAGAUCUCUGCAACCUAGGGGGCUUGCUGAAACAUUAUGUGGUUCACCGCUUUACAUGGCUCCAGAGAUAAUGCAACUGCAGAAGUAUGAUGCAAAGGCAGAUCUCUGGAGUGUUGGUGCUAUUUUAUUUCAGCUUGUUACUGGGAAAACUCCAUUCAAUGGAAACAGUCAAAUUCAGUUACUCCAGAACAUUGUGAAAUCAACUGAGUUGCAUUUCCCUGUGGAAAACAAUUAUUUGACUGCUCAUUGCAAAGAUUUAUGUCAAAAAUUGCUGCGUCAUAACCCAGUGGAACGUUUAAUGUUUGAAGAGUUCUUUAACCACCCAUUUCUUUCUCAGGGACAAUCAGACAAAUCAUUGAGGAGUCAGAGAAUUUCAAGAGCUGGUUAUCCUUUUUCUGAAAGCGGUCAUGUAAGGAAUACUGAGGAAAGCUUUCAGGAGGACUUUCUUCCUUUCUUUCUGGAUGAUGAUUCUAGUGGUCCUGAAGGGAGCCCUUCUGUUGCAAAGAAGAGGUCCUCAAUGAAAUCUGCUUAUAGAUUUUCUCCUGAUGCAAAAGAUACUAGAGAAGCAACAUCUAAUCCUUUGAAUAAAGUGGAUUUUACAUCCAAAUACAGCAAUACAGGGCAUAAAUUGGAAAAUACUAGUUGUAGACUUGAAAGCCGCAAGGUUUCAGGUGAAACUCUACAUGAACCUUACAAAUCCAUGGAUCAAAGAUCUGUGAGUACUCGUUCAAGAGUUGGGGACUCACUGGAUUUGAUCGACCAAGAUUAUGUCCUCGUGUCUGGACCUCCUGUGGAUGUGUCAUCUUCUUCAGCUAGCACUUCCAAGCCAAACCAUAUUCCAUACAAAUCAGAAAGAAGCUUGGAAAGUCAGAGCUCUACCCCUGGGACUUCUCAAGGAUCCAUGGAUAUUGGAGAUACUCUGGAACAGCCAUCAUCUCAUCGCAUGACAAGGAUAAAGUCAUUACAGCAGUGUGCAUCUGCAAUUACUGAAUUAGUGCAUGAGAAGGUUGAGGCAGAUAGACAACUUGAAGCAUUCUCAAUCCAGCUUGUGGUUCUUGCAAUUUGGAAGCAAGCAUUGCAUAUUUGCCAUACGCAUGCUGCAUCUUCUAUGGAAGGAAGUCCUAGCCAAGAGACAAACAGAUCGAGCAGGAGUGCCUGCAAGAAGCAUGGAACAUCUGAUGCGGAAGAAUUUCAGGAUGUUGUCAGCCCCGAAGGGCCAGAAUAUAUAUCCUCAGAGAUAGAGAGGGAAUUUCUCCGACAAGUUGAGCAUGCUGAGGAACUUGCCAAGGUUGUUGAGCCGGGUAGUACAGAGAUGCCUGACGCGAUGGAGACAAUAUUUCAGGCUGCCAUUGCUUUUGGAAGGCAUGGAGGAGUUGAUGAGCUCAUGGGUGAUAUGGAAAGUGCAACUUUUUUGUAUUCGAAGGCAGUGCGUUUAUUAGUCUUCCUUCUAGUAGAGGCACCGUCCCUCAUUCUCAGUCCUCCAUUUUCCCUCACAAACUCAGAUCGGUAUAGACUUAGAACUUACAUUGAUUUUCUUAGAAACAGGCAAGUUUACUCAAGAUCUCAGAGAAUAGCUCUUCUCAAGUGCAAGGAUCAGCCAUAGAAUCACCCAAAAUUUUUUUUUUUUUAAU